GGCAGGAAGUGCGGGUGCGCGCCUGCGCAUAGGUCGGGUCGGCGGUGUCCCCGCUUUCGCUUCUGCUAGAGUCAGUCCUCACGGUGACGCCUUUCCCCAGCUUUUCCGAGUAAUCAAGUAAAAAGUAUGAGCUUCAUCAGUGGAUUGCAGUCUGCUGUUAGAAACCAUGUUUUCUUCCGGUUUAAUUCACGGGCUAACUGGAGAAAAUGUAACACGUCAGCAUCAACCUCACAGGGCUGUCACCAAGUACAAGUUAACCAUAUAGUAAAUAAGUCUCAGGGACUGGGAGUAAAUCAGUGUGAUAGGUGGACUUUUCUACCUGGAAACUUUCAUUUUUAUAGGACUUUUAACAACAAAAAAACAGGAUACCUCUCAAGUACCAAAAGUAAGGAAAUUUGGAUGAAUGCCAGCAAAUAUACUGUAUGGAAGGACUCUUUUUCAAGACAGCUAUUAAUAAAAAAAGUUACAGCGGUUCCUAGUCUGUUAGUAUUGCAUCCUCGAAGCCCUUCUCCUAUAAGAGCUGUUAGGAAUUUCCACACCUCUCCACGGUUUCAAGCUGCUCCGGUUCCUCUCUUGUUGAUGAUUCUUAAACCAGUGCAGAAGUUACUUGCAAUCAUUGUAGGCAGGGGCAUAAGGAAAUGGUGGCAGGCACUUCCCCCUAACAAGAAGGAACUAUUUAAAGAAAGUAUAAGGAAGAAUAAAUGGAAGCUAGUCCUUGGUUUGAGUAGUUUUGGAUUGCUCUUUGUGGUGUUUUAUUUUACUCAUCUGGAAGUAAGUCCAAUCACAGGAAGAAGCAAGCUGCUAAUAUUGGGGAAAGAGCAGUUCAGACUUUUAUCAGAACUGGAAUAUGAAGCAUGGAUGGAAGAAUUUAAAAAUCAUAUGCUGACUGAGAAAGAUGCCCGAUACCUGGCUGUUAAAGAAGUGCUUUGUCAUCUAAUUGAAUCCAAUAAAGAUGUUCCAGGGAUCUCUCAGAUCAAUUGGACUGUUCAUGUGGUUGAUUCCCCAGUUAUUAAUGCCUUUGUGCUUCCAAAUGGACAAAUGUUUGUUUUCACUGGAUUUUUAAAUAGUGUAACCGAUAUUCAUCAACUUUCUUUCCUUCUGGGCCAUGAAAUAGCACAUGCAGUACUUGGACAUGCUGCAGAAAAGGCUGGCAUGGUUCAUUUAUUGGAUUUCCUAGGUAUGAUUUUCCUCACAAUGAUUUGGGCCAUUUGUCCUCGGGAUAGUUUGGCCCUUUUGGGCCAGUGGAUACAGUCUAAAUUGCAAGAGUAUAUGUUUAAUAGACCAUACAGCAGAAAAUUGGAGGCUGAAGCUGACAAAAUUGGACUGUUGCUUGCUGCAAAGGCUUGUGUGGACAUAAGAGCCAGUUCAGUGUUUUGGCAGCAAAUGGAGUUUGUUGAUAGCCUGCAUGGCCAACCCAAGAUGCCAGAAUGGUUAUCUACACACCCUUCUCAUGGCAAUCGAGUUGAGCACUUGGAUAGACUUAUACCUCAGUCUUUCUCAGAUGUUCCCUGGUGAUGUCAAGAUGGCUGCCAGCACUUCCAGGAUUGCAUGCUUUCACAUCCAGCUGGAUGAGUGACUGACUCACACCCCAACUAUUGAAACAAAGCCUUUAACACUAACUGCACCCUGAAGCAAUCGCCAUGGCAGGGGAUGGCAUUAUUUUGAUUGGCUUGGACCUAUCUGGAUCCAACACGAGUUGAGGAUGGGCACGACUCAACACCACCCAAACAGAAUGGCUACUGCGCAGUGGGAGAGAUGCAACCACAGGGCUUAUGAAGUAAGUGACAGAACUGGAAUUAAAACCUGUUUAUCCUUUCAGCAGGCAAAAAACAAGAUGAUUCCUUGACAAAUUUUAUCUGAAAUAAUACCUAAUCUGAGAAAAAAUGUAGUAUAAAUUUUAUAUUGAUAUGAUAGCAAAUUUUCAUUAACCUAUUUGCUUUACCAUUUAAAAGUUUUUUUGUUUGUUUUGUCUUGUUUUGUACUGAAUUAUAUCCUCAAAACCAAUCUAUGAGAUUGGAAGGACAAAUGGCAUUAUUUACUCAUAGGGGAGAAAACUAACGCUUGGAGGAAUUAGGCAAGUGACUCAAGUAUGCAUUCAGGUAAAUGGCUGAACUGGGAUUGGAACUGAAGAAUCCACUGAUUUGUAAUCCAAUUUUCUUUCUGCAAUACUGCAUUCUUUGGAGAGGGAGCUAUUACCUCCAUUUAUCUGGAAACUGAAGCUCAAAAAUAUUAGUCAAUGUGUGCCCAGCACUACUCACUUCUUAAUGGCAGAACUGGUUCAAACCCUCUCAUUUCCUGACUCCUCUUCCUCCAUGUACUGCCACUUCCAUGAACAAAUCUCAUAGAAAGUGAGGAUGAAAAAUGUGCAUUCCCUUCAUCCUUCACUCAUGAACACCAGGGCCAACACCUCUUUUCUCUUAUUUAAAAGCACCCAUUUUAAUAGUUGAUGGCAGAUGGUAAAAAUAUCCAUUUUAAGCGUAUGUAUACAUGUGAAGGAUAAAAUUCUUGUUAAUCACCUCAUAACAUGUUUUGAUGAGAGCCUAGAGAAUUCUUUAAUCUGUAGUGAGAUGAGAUAAAUCUCCCACUUCAUUACGGGGAAGAAAACUCUAUCAGUGUUCUACCCAUCUACACUUUGCCCCCUAACCUCCAUCAGAAAACUUAGGCUAGUGGCUCCCAGCUUCUGAAUCAUCCAGGCCUCCUUUUACAUUAGCUGGCUCUGCCAGCAAGGAGUUUUACACCUCUAAGUUCGAUCUUGAAGAGUUGGUAUGUCUAGACCCAUGCCCAGGUGUUCUCACUACACUGGCUGUUUAGGAGACUGUGGGGUGUGGGGCAUAAGUCACAGUGCAGCUCUGUUUCCAGGUCUUAGGAUGUCUCUGAUAUCAUCAAAGACCAAGCAGGGCCUCUGAUCAUCAUGUGAUCUCUGGUGCUACCAAAGUUCCAGCCAAAAGAAAAAAAAUUGUUGUUUUAAUUAGUUUGAGCAGCUUAAUUAUGUGAAAGAAAAUAUAAAAUUUUUAGUUAAGCUCUUUGAAAUUUUAAGCAUAGCUGGCAGGCUUCCAAUACCAUCUUAGUAGACCACAAGGGGCCUGGGACCUCAUCCUGGGCAGCAUUGGUCUAAAAUAAGAUUUGGGUUUUUUUCUUCCUUCAGAAUAUUAAAGUUAACAUGUAUUCAUUUUGACCAAUAUAUUAAAGUUUAAUCAUACUUUCGUAGGUUAGA